AUGGAGAAUGAUUUAUUUGCUCCGACACAAUACAAAAAAGAGCUCUUUAUUUUCAAAGAGUUCCUUGAUGGUAUGAAAGAGCUGUGCAAUAAGUACCAGUAGAUAUUGCCACAUGUGAAACAAAUCAGGAAGAGACCCAAGAAAUAUAAAAAAAGAAAUAAAGAUCCUUAAGCUCCUAAAAUGCCAUAAUCAGCAUUUAUUUUUUAUUUCAAAGCCAUGAGGUCAAAAUUUCAAGAGGAAAAUAAAGGUAAGCAAUUCUAAGAAAUAACAUCAAUGAUUGCCAAAAAAUGGAAUGAAUUAAGUCCAUUUGAAUAAGAGCCUUAUCAAAAAAGAUCAGAGGAAGACAGAAAAAGAUAUAAUGAGGAAUAGAAAUAAUACUCUGUUAUCUCUUAAUAAUAAUUCAGCAAAUACUUAUAGAAGAAAUUCAAGGGGGAUUUAAGAGAUAGCGACAAAGAGGAUAUCCAACCCAAGUAGGAAGAAAAUGAAGACGAUUCAUUUGGAGGAAACAUUAUCUAAAGUAAUUUUUGAGUUUUUAUUUAUUGCUUAUUUAAAUGAGCAAUCAUAUAUUAGAGUUCAACUAUAUAUAUAUAUUUAACCCUAACUA